AUAAAAUCUUUGAGAAAAUAAAUCACCAUUUCUGGUAUCUUCACAUUAAAUUUGAUUUAAUUUCUAUUUGAAGGUAUUUACACAUGCUAUGUUGAUGAUUGUGACCAGGGAAGUAAUGUGCUCUUAAACCCUUUCUAUUUUAAUCCUUUCUGUUCCAUAGGAGCUCUUUGUUCUCAAAUGUGAAUUUUCUGCUGUGAAACACUGUCGAAAUCUUGCUCAGUCAUGCCUAACAUACAUAGCGUUACCUUUUCUACAGUUGCACAGGAAGGUAGUAGAUACAAUGGUAUUGGUGUUACUUGAAAUUCUCAGGUGUCCAGGAAUACCAAUGGUGAUAGCUAUUAAAAUAUAUUAAUACAAAAAUUUUGGCUUAGUGUUGCCUAAAUCUGAAUCUCAGAAAGGAAAAACUAGUCCAUUUCAAAAGUGCUCAACUUCCAAAAAUUCCAAAGAACCACAGGAAGUUAUAUAUUUUGUUAUGUAUAAACAGGCACUAAAAGCUAAGUUUUACAGAUAAUCUGGAAACAUUGGGGCAUUCAUUUAAGAAAAAUUUUCUUAGUAAAUUAAUUACAGACAUCCAGGCAUUGUUCCACUGGAUAUGUAAAAUAAAUAUUUAAAUCCAAUUAAAUAGGUUGAAAGCUAUGUAAAGGAAAGAAAAACAUGUUUUCUCUGUCCCUAAAGCUAAAUUCUUAUGUACUCACAGUGCUAACUGAGAAUAGUCCAAUAGACCAGGAACAGAAGUUGUGCUAUUAUGUUGCCUUGUUCAGAAGCCUUUUCUCUGCAUUUACAAGACAAUGGUUUUCUGACAAAAACAGUUUAGCAAAGCUUUAAAAUACUUGAACUAGAAAUGGUUGUUUUGGAACAUAAAUUUCAUUAAAUACUGGUAAAAUGGGCAACAUUUUCCAGACAGAGAUAAUGAUUUAAACUUUGAAGAAAACCAGAAAAAUUCUACAGAAAAAUUAAUACUAAAAGGUACUGAAAUACUCAUUGCAGCUGCAUAAUUGCAGCUGUCAGAGGAAUAAUAUGCUAUUUUUUCUUCAAAAUUAAACUAAAUAUAAACUAUCAGUAAUAGAAAGAAUUGUAUUUUGAGCUAUCCUAUUCUUACUAAUUUGAAGUGUUGCAAUAUGUGUAUGUUACAUCACUGUUAAACUUUUCAUUCUAAUCUGUUUAGAAAUCCUCAUGGGAGUUUCUAAAGGGUAUUUAGUUCUGUUUCCACAGUUCCCUGUGGGAUCCAACAUUCAGAAACUUCUGCUUAGCUAUUUUAAAUUUUUCUUUCGUCAUUUUUACGUGUUUAGAAGUGAUGUUAAUUGUGUAGACACUACGUAACAUAUUCUGAUAUUUGUAGUUAUCACAAGUGUUCAAUGUGUUUGUUUCCUCUAUUGCUGAGAAGAAAAAAGAAAAGAAUUGAAUUGCCUCACAAUAGCCAUUUUGUAAAGGGUCAUUCAAAAAAAAAAAAAAAAAAAAAAACAACAAAAAAACAACCAACCAACCAAAACCCUGCUUCUUCUUAACAACAUUUAUCUAAACAAAAUAGUAUGAUAAUCAGUAUGUGAAUUCCCAGUGAACCAUUAGAGUUAAAUUAUUUUAUCUCAGAAUGGAAAGAGUUCUCUUUGACUUGGCUAAGGCUAUUACGUAGGUCACAGUGUGAAUAGCCUUUUGGUUGGAAGUACUGAUUGCUAAGCACUGCUGCAUUAUGCUGUGCCCAUAUGUCUGACAGCCAUUUCAGUUGUUCAGAACACCAAUGCACGCUUCACUUAAUGGCUUUUUGCAUUAGUAGGAAUCAGGUUCCAAUCAGGGCCAUGUUUCAGCAGUACCCGGCUUCCAGCAUCUCUGGAUCCUAAUACUGAAAAUGCUGCAGACAGCUGAAGCAAAAUACAUUGACUUGAUAGAAAGGAAUUCUUUGGGGGGGGUUUAUUCAAAAUUUUUAAAGAGUAACAACAUUAUCACUUGAUAUCAGAUCCAGUAUUUUCCAUUCUCCAACAAUUGGUGCAAAACUGUAAAGUUUGGUGUGUUCCCUACAUUGGACUCAAUGUGACACUGGAUAGUGUUACUUGUACUUUGUCUGCACUUGAUCGAGAUGCGGUCUGUAGUUUUGUGUAAUCCAGAUCUGGUACUAAUGACUGUUGAACCAUGAGUUCAAGUUACAUUUCAGUGAGGACAAACUCACAGGAUUCUUUUGAGAGAUGCACCCUUAGGAGGUAGAACUCUGAAAUGGGGCUGUUAAUGUUGUAAUAGUGAUUUCAGACUCAGCAAACUAUGGCACUUACAGACAGAUCCUUGACCCUAUUGGCAAGCAUCGUUUCACUGCUAGAGGUACUGCUAGAGCUUUGAAAGCUCAUAAAGUGAAAGACUUGAGAACUGAUCUACCACAUCUGUGCAAAAAAAUGCCAUUGGAUUUCAGCUUGUUUUCUGGCAGCACGCUGAAAGUCAAUAAGGAGCACCUGCUACAAGGAGUUAGCAAAGGGAGACAUUCUUCUCAUCCCUCCUUUGAUUUUUUAAAAAUCUGAAUAUUUACUUGAAGUUUCUUUGCAUUUCUGAACUUUUGGACCUGAAUCCUAUCAAUUAAAAUCUGUAUUCAAAUAGAUAAAUUAAUUAUUUGGUCUGCAGAUACUGCUGAGCUCCUGUAUCUGUUAUUCAAGUAGGUGCCUGACUGCAGGCUGACACAAGGCCUGAAAAUACUGGUUUUAAUGGUGACUGUAGAUUGAUUGCUAAAUGGUAACAAUAAUUAAAAAUAUAUGGAUUAUGAAAAUGCAGGUUUGUUUGGAAAAGAUUAAUUAGGUAGUUUGUGGUGUUUACUUUCUUGUUUCCAAACCCUUGUGCUAUCCCUAGUUUAACAUAACAGCAGAUAAAUGCAGUAAGGACAUGAUGUCUGAUUUGGUUUCUCCCAGCCCUCAGAGGAAGUUGUUAAAAAAUUUAUGCUGCUUUGCUAUCGAUGUUCCGUCAGAAUGGUGGUUUUAAAAAAAAAAAAAAAUAUAUAUAUAUAUAUGCACAUAUAUAUAUAUAUUUAUUUAUUUUAUUAAUUUUUUUUUAAAUGAGGCAAAGUAUUAUGUCCUCAGAUGUCAUACAAAAGAACUAGGUGGUGUGCAAAGAUAAAAGUUUGCGAGCAUCAAGAGGAGGCCUUUCCAAGAGAGAUUGUCAUCUGAAAAUGAAUGUUCUGAAAAACUGGAAAAAAAAAAAGAAUGAUCAGAUUAAAACAGCAUAAAUUUGUCCUCUUUUUCUCUGAUGUGUAUGGGGGAGAGAUUUAUAUAUGUGUUACUAAAAUUAAUUUAAUGUAUGAAGCCAGUUGCCCAAUAUACUGUAUUCCACUAGAUAUUGAUGAGUUGGUAGCUACGUAAGAACUUUGCUGCAAGUGUUUUACUUUCAAGACUUGUGCAGGUACUCAUUUUAUUUGCUCAUUUACCAUCUAUACAGAUGUUUUGCAAAUGUUCAAAAUGUGUUCUCAUCUUCCAGGCUUUCUCAUCUUACAGAUGAUUAAUGCAUUUGACACAAAAUAAAUGAGAGAAGAAAUCAUUUUCCAUUGUAACCCAGCAUUUUAGUCAGUAAUUUUGCAUUUUCACUGUCUGUCAUUGACAUUAUUAUGCAAUUCAACAAAAUCUCUGCAGCUUCUUGCCCUGCAAGGGAAAUGUCAGUCCUGAAAUCUGGUAAUGGACAUUUACUUUUCUUUUCUAAAAUCUUUAUUUCUAUUUCUCACAGAACUUUUGGAAUUUGGAAGUGUUAUUUAUUCUCAAUAAAAAAAACAAAUGAUCUCUUUGCUCUUCAGGUUUAGAAAAAAAUGCAAAUAAGUGUUGCUAACAGUGUUGUAGAUGCAAUAACUGCAAGGAAAGUGCGGUCUUGAUGAAUGUCUUUACAGAUUAAUUUCUGGUUUAAAGUUUUGCCAUUAAUUUUGUGUACUUCCAUCAUGGUAAAAUAGUGAUCUCAGUGAAUAGUCUAAUCUCAGUGAAAGAAAUUAAUUAAAGCACUACCUUUAUGAGGUCUUAGAUGUAUUUCUUACAGUUAGUGUGCCUUACUCACUCUCAUAUUUUUGAUGUUUUUUUACAGACAAUGUGUGUGGAGGUAUUUUGAGCAUUGAUUGUGCUAAUUCUUCUCAUGGUUAAAGUCAUAAAAUUGCAGUGGCCCAGCAAGAGGCGUUAUUAUGCAUGUAUAGUUUCAAUUUACGUGUGUUCAUAAGGCCAGAUUAUGUUAUGUUCUUCUAAAAUGGAGAUAUGUUAAUGGCACAGAUUUAUUGUUUUCAUUUGAAGGCAGUAUACUUCAUAGCAUUGCUAUGGAUUAAAGCUCGUAGUGACCAGAUCCUCUAAUGACACAUGAAGGGUGAGGCUUCACACAUCAUUAGGGUACUUUGAGCUAUUUUUUCACUGCCAAAAUAGAUACAAGUUGGUCAUGCUUUUGAGAGGUCACUUCUUUAUAGAAGUCUUUUUUCCCCAAAGCAAUCAUGUAAUUCAUUGCUUGUAUAUAGAGCCUGAAACUCUUCUGGCUGGUUAAAUAUGACUUUGGGCUGUAGUUGUAAUCACUUAUGUGUGCACUUGUUGUUCUCCAUAUCUCUAAUCGCUGUUUCUCCAAUUCUUAUAUUGUAAACACUUUUUGGUUAGGUCAUUUGGAGGGGUAGUUUUCUUGCUUUCUUCUUUUAAGAAAACCUUAGAAGAGUGUGAUUUUUCCCUACGCACCGUGUAUUUAAAACUUGCUAACUCAUCCUGGCAAUUUUCUGAUAUUUAGUAUUUGAAAAGUACUGCUACUUGCUCAUAGUAACUCCAGAUACUUUCAAGUCCCAAGCCUGCCUAAAUUAACCACCUAUUCACUGUGCUUUACCAUCAUUUUAGCCUUUUUGUGGCCCACUGCCAGCACUGUGAAUUUAUUAACCCUGCUAACCUCAGGUAAACACCCAGUGAUUACUGUGAUUUGAUGUGCUGCAGCUUUAUUUUUAUGAGGCUGAGUCUAUACAAAAGAUGUAUUUUUGUUGCUAUGUUUCUGUUAAUCUAAUUUGCUUUAAAUCGAACUGGGUUUCUUUCUUCCUAUGCUUAAUUGCAUUGGUAACUAUAUUUUUUUCCAUGCCAGGGCAUUGCUGAUAUCCAGAAGCAGUGUUUUGAUCUGCCAGUGCCUUCUUGAGUCUCUCCAUAAGUACUGAGAUAAUCAUGGCACCGUAAGAAUGGUCACUGUGAGGGUUUGAAUCUUCUCUGGAUAUAAAAUACACUUUAAAUUUAAAAAGAAAACGUAACAACCACAUAGCUACCAGUUAUUGCUAGCAAGCUGGGGGCUACUGAUUUACUAAGUUGAGAAACGGUUUUAAUGUGCAUCCCAUUCAUUUCAAUUAGAAUCAUAGAAUCAUAGAACUGCCUGGAUUGAAAAGGAUCACAAUGAUCAUCCAGUUUCAACCCCCCUGCUGUGUGCAGGAUCACCAACCACCAGACCAGGCUGCCCAGAGCCACAUCCACCUUGGCCUUGAAUGCCUCCAGUGAUGGGGCAUCCACAAAUCCACAACCUCCUUGGGCAACCUGUUCCAGUGUGUCACCAGUAGAAUAAUAUAAAAUAGCAAUAGUGACUGCCAGCGUCUUCAUCAUGAAUGCUCUUCCUACUGGAGAGCACAAAAAGGAAGAACAUGUCGUACCAAAUGAAUGUUUUCUUCAGAGUUUAAAAAAAAAUAUCAUCUAUCUGUAUUGCCUUGAAUCUGAAGUUCUAUGUGAAUUCACCAAUCCAGAGCCAAAUACAGCCCAAACAAUGAUAAUUGCUUCCAUCGUGUUGUAACAAAUCAGACAUUUUCCAGUCUUGAACUUUCCAGAAAGAUUUUUCAUUAUUAUGAAAUUGUCAGUAUUCUUUACAUUUGAUGUUCACUAAUGCAGAGUUAAUGAACGUUCUUUUGGGAGAGAGAAUUUCAUACUAGCUUCCAUCUCUAAUUUCACACCUCAGAUUAGGUAUGAGGAGGCUUUGAGGCUCAGGAUGCCUAUCAGUUCUCUCCCACGAAGGCACUCUAGGGAAAUGCAUAUCUGGAAUUGACUCUUUCUUUGCUAUCUUAUCUUUCCAUCCUCUGAAUUCCCAUCUUUCAGAGGUUAUUUUGCCAAAAGAACACCACUGUACCAGUCACUGCACACUAAAAGAAAUAAAUUUUUCUAGUAAAUAAUUAUAAAUUGCACUAGUGUAAACAUCUGCUUAUUAUUGAGCCAAAAAUAUGUGUCCACUAGUGUAAUACCUUGCUGUGGAUUUAUGAAAAACAAAUCUUAUCAAGUCAUCAAAUUAAAGCAUAGAUUGUUUUUUCCUUGAGUAGCAAAUUAGAACUUGGAACUCCCACCUCAUGGUUGAGAAGUGUUUUACUGUUGCUGUGUUGAACCCAAGACCCUCUUUGUCUUCACAUUAAGGCUGUUAACAUGUAGCUCAUGAGGAUGGCCUCACUGUCUCAGCAGUGGCCUUCCUUUCUCAACGUGUGUUAAGAAUCAUUAGCAAUUCUGUACAUUCCUUUUCUAAGUUUUCCUCUUCCUAUAUGUUCAGGAAUAUUUCUUCCCUCUAUUCCAGCCCUCCUUUAGUUUUCAUCCCCUAAAAAGGAAGUACCUGUACCUUCUGAAAAUCGGUAUAAAAGCUCACAUUGUUUGGAAGAUCUUCACACUACCAAUGAUGACACUAGAAGAAUCCACCUUAUUGCAUACCUAAGAGAUGAUGCUUCUUUUAAACUGGUGAAACAACCUCAUCAGGAUCUUCAUUUGCCUGUCUCAGCUUUGCAGAUGUGACUUAAAGAUUUGGUCAAUCCAGUGCUCUUUUCUUCUUGAAGGUUCUUACUCACUGUUCUGUGGUUGUGAUACUGACAUUGUUCACAGUUUUCACAUGCUUCUGCUCUCUUAAGAGAUCUGUAGGAGAAUGAUAAUUUACUUUCAGGUUUCAAGUAGAUUAGUCAACCUGGUCUGUAUAAAGUUUCCAACAUGGGACUCAAAUUAUGUUAAUGUAUUAGAUGACUUAGACCAGCCCAUCUCGAGUUUGUUCUGAAAAUAUGCAUUUUGUGUUUUUCCACAUCCUUUGUGCCAGCCAUGACCUGGUAGCAUUGUUUUUAUUCAGUUUGUGAGUUCAAAAUGCUGUGCAUCUCUGACAGUUACUUUGAUUCUCUUACUGUGCUGUCAUGCUGGUCUCUGAAUGAAAUUUUAUUGAAGCUAAUGAACUUACUCACAUUUCAUUCACAAUAAAAGCAGACUUCAUUCCUUUUCUAUCACUGGCAGCUGAAACAAUACCAGCCACACCUAUGGCACAAGAAGGGAAAAGAAAUUUAAACAAGAGUGAUUUAAGAGAGAUUUAAGCAAGGAGUGUAGGAAUUUAUGCUGUUGGUUCAGAUAAAAGAUUAGAAUAUUGUUUGAGAGAAUUGUGUGUGCAGAAACAUCAACAUAGAGAAACACUACAAAAUCCCAUGCAGAAGUUAUGGCCAGAGGAGCAAUGUAAACAUUAACUAAGAAGGAGAGAGGAGGGAGAGACCUUUUAUGCACAGUCAUUCUUGGAAAGACACUUGGAACUACAAGAAGAGAGGUGGGUUUUGUUGUUGUUGUUUUUCUGAUCUGGAUUCAUUCUGUGUCUCAAGGAACAAAACUUUCUCAUACAUGAUAUGAAAAUGAAAGGCACUGCACCUAAUAAAUACUUCACUCUGUCACUGACGUAUCUCCCUAAUGAGAAUAGCUUACAAACCUCCUCUUGGCUCAAUCUGAGUAAAAAAAUAUGAUAUCAAUAGUGGAAGUGAAUGCAGUUUCUGAGGAGAUAGGUUGCAAGUUUCUGUUAACCUUGAACUCACUUGGAACAUGAAGGAGGAUAAAAAUUAUUUUCAUUUGAAAUGACAUUCUUUUUCUAAUAACAUGAAGGAGAAUGCUUACAUUGUCUCACCUGAAAUAAUGUAUACUACUGCUAUCCAAAUGUGAUCUUCUUGAGAGGGAAACUGAGAUUUAUUCGCUGCUUCAGGAACACAGCUCAUAGGCUGAGAAGAUGAACACACAGAGAUUUUAGCAGUCAUUUUGGCUGCUGGCACACUACUACCCUUGCUGAAAAAACUGCACUUCUUCCUUAGCUCUGGGAGUUGGAGACUGACUGCACUUUGGAGCCCAUCGCCUCAAAUGGGCCAGCGCAUAAAUAUAAGGUAGAUGAGGGAGUGAAAAUCUACCUGUCCUGGUAAACAUCCAGAGAUGACUUUGGUGGUUUCUGCUAGGUACAGAAGACUUCUAAGACAAACUGGCAAUAACUUAAUUAGACAAAUGGGCUUGCAGAUGAAGCUCAAUGAAAGAAAGUCUACUGAGAGGCUGUAGAAUUCACUGCAGAGGCGGAGUCUACUUGCAUGUGUGCCUCAGAACUGGAAGCAGUUAUCAGUGAAGAAGACGGAACUGAAUUAUCACAAGCCUCUAAAUACAUCUGUGUUCAAUACACAUUAUAGAGAAGGAGGUUUUGAUCUGUCUCCUGACUGAUGAUUUUCUUUCUAGGAUAAAAGUGAUUUCUAAAAUGAGAAAAAUUAGAAGUAAUGGAACAAAUGUGUUGUUGACUGGUACUAUGAAAAUCUAUAUAAAAUGAACCAAGACAUAUAAAUAAAGUACUUGGACUUAAGGAAGAUGCCUAGAUAGUUGUGAGGAUAUAUGAGCUCAUUAUUGCUUUGGAUUUCUUUUAGCGAUGAAGUAUGAGUAAUGAAUGCCCUCAAAGUAUCCUACAAAGUCAGGUUGUGGGCAUCCAUUUUUAAGAUGAAGUUCAGGUCAUCAAAGGAAAGGAUCUAUAAAAAGGCAGGUCAUUUGCAAUGGACAGAUUAUCAUGUCUCUUAAAAUCACAGAUCAAUGUAGCUACCUGCUGCAGCAGUUUCUUAGAAAAGGAAGGAGAAGAUUAAGUGAAACGGUUUUCAUAAAGGAAUUCUACUUGCUGAAGUUUUUUUGGCUUUGAAGAAGAGACGGAUGCUUAUUUACUUGCAGAACACUUUUGAUGAGCAAAAAAACCCACAAGCAAAACAUGAAUCAAUGUAUCUAGUAAGUACAUAUAUACAAGAAAACUACUGGGGCGAAAAUGAGCUUAUUCUGAUGCUGAAUUUACUCUAUUUUGGUGCUAUUAUUUACUCAAUAUUACUGUAAUAUUAAAUGUAAGACUUGGGAUGACCUAAGAAACUUUAUCGUUGUAAAGCAGUCAUCCUGAUCGAGUAUGGAUCCAGUAGGGAAAUACUUUAUUAAAUGGCUCCCUCGCUGUUUACCUGCUGCAAAGAUGGUCAGUCCUCUGAGUCAUCAAACAAUUUACUGUGCCUUCAGUGCUGAGCCUAACCCAUCGUGAUGAAGAAAAAUAAAAGCAGAUUCAGUGGGCUACUGAAUGGAAGUUUACAGGAAGAUUCUUGAUCACUAAGAAAGAGAUGGAACCAGAGAUGCUUGGUGUGAAGAGAAGGCUGAUCAAAAGGCCCACAUAGGGCUGCCCUCCCAGCAGGCUAGGGCCUGUGGCAAAAAAACAUGCCAUAGAGGAAAAAAAACCUGGAAAUUGUGCUCUGUGGCACAUUGUGUUUGCUAGACCCAGGAAGUAUGUGGUGCACAUUAAUAUCUCACUGAAAAUCAAUACAUCUACCAAGAGUUGUAGUAAGAUUUCUUACUAUUUACUUACUGGUGCUGUACCAGUGAGAUACAGCCUGCCUAAAAAAGAGACAGCUGUGCACAUACUGGGUGCAUACCUGGUAGUCUGAAAAAAAAAAGGAGCCAGGAUCUGCUCUGUCCAACUCCAUGAAUAAACAGCCACAUCUCAUAAAACUUUUGUUACAAGUAGUCACUUGGAAGUUCAGCAGUAGUGCAAAAGCUAGAUAGAUCAGAGUUGAACAAAGUUCAGCAUUUCUACAGUACUUAAAGGCUCUUGUCUGAGCCUGUUGCAGACAGCCUUUACUAUAGAUUCUGAUACUUAUGCUUUGAGAAAAUAUUGAUGAACAAAUCAAUAUUAAGUGUGCAGUAGCUGUUUAGAGCAAAUAUGUAAGUAAGAAUUAUUUCCUUUAGGCUUUGUCUUGGAGAACAGGAGCAUUGUAGGAGAUGCACCCCUCUUCCCCCGUGGUUUGUUGCUUUUGUGAAUGAUGAAGACUGAAAAACGCGCUGCAAAGUUUUAACAAUUAUCUACAACAAAGCUCAUGUCUAAGCAAGAAGCUUUGAUGGAAACAGAUGCUACCUGAAAAAGGCGGAAAGAAACUGACUGAUUAAAAAUGGAAAAUUUGUUUAAAAAUAUAUAGCUAUCACUAUGAGCUUUUUAUCGUUUAAAGAGAAAGCCAGUAAACAGACCUUGAAGAGCAGAAUCCUGAAUUUUAACAGCUUCUCUCUUACCUAAAGGAAUCAAGCAAUUCAUUGGGCCAAGCUGAAAAUACUCUGGUGUAAAACUGAUGGAGGUGGAGAGGAGGGAAAGAAGUGUUCCUUAUGGCUAUUCCUGAAUCUUAAAAUAUUAAAGUAUAUUAAAUAUUAAAUAUUAAAUUUAAAGUAGUCUUUAUUUUGUAAAUGACUUUUUUUCUGCUGCAGUGGACCUACUUGCCAUUCUAGACAGUGAGAUUAUUGUGACAGACUAAAAGUGCUGUUAUGAUGCAGUGUGGGUGAAAUAGCACAGUGUAUCUGCUAAUGCUCUUCCUUUAGACUGAAUGUGAAAGCUGUUGUGAGUUCUCUAUUCACGAGAAGGCAACUGGAGCUAUAGAGGCUCUUUAAAGCACAAACACUGCAUAGAGCUGACCGUGGAUUUGUGCACAGGUGGGUCUGAAUGAAAAUCCAGUGAUCUGAAAGGAGCUGUGUGUGUGUGUGGUGUGAAUGGGAGUUCUAGAGAAGCAGCACAGCAGUGCAUAGGUAAGCAGCAAAGAAACUCUGGAGAAGCCCUUGAAACAGAACGCCUGGGAAAACAAAAAGUCCAAAGAGUACAAUGGGACAAAAUGCCAUAAAGGAAAAGGCUGGGAAGCAUGAACUCCAUGGAAAGUGCUCUCCUUCAUUUGCGUCAUACUGAAUUUAGGACAACAGAACUGUAUGUAUGUUAUUUGUAAAUAAACACGAUUGCGCCAAAGAAAUGACUGACUUAAAAUUGUUUUUCUAUCUAUGUGACCCUUUUUAUUUUUUUUUAGCCUGCUGGUUGGGUCCAAAGGAUAGCCAUGAUUUGGAUGGCUUGGGAAAUCUAGUUCAACUGUGUGAAACCAGCAAAUCCCCAUAGAGGGGAGUUUUGUGAAUAGAGUUUUGCCUUUUUCCCCCUUCCCUUUUCCUCUCUUCCACCUGAUAGUACAGUGACUUUUUACCGAGUAUCUGGGCUACCAUUAAGGGACUUGGAGAAAACAGAUUAACAGGCCUACGGUAUGCAGCCUUUUUCCCAGACAGCAGCAAAAAACAAGGACUGGGAAACAGAAAAUCAUGACUGGUAUUGUUUUGAAUGCCAUUUGCCUGGAGAGGUGUUGAUAUGUGACCUGUGUUUUCGUGUGUAUCAUUCCAAGUGUUUGUCUGAUGAGUUCAGGCUUAGAGACAGCAGUAGUCACUGGCAGUGCCCAGUUUGCAGGAGCAUCAAGAAGAAAAACACAAGUAAGCAAGAGAUGAGCACAUACCUGCGGUUCAUAGUCUCUCGUAUGAAGGAGCGGGCUAUAGAUCUAAACAAGAAAGGGAAGGACAACAAACACCCAAUGUAUAGGAGGCUGGUGCACUCAGCUGUUGAUGUUCCUACUAUACAGGAGAAAGUAAAUGAAGGAAAGUACAGGAGUUAUGAGGAGUUCAAAGCAGAUGCGCAGCUGCUUCUACACAACACAGUGAUUUUCUAUGGAGCGGACAGUGAACAAGCUGACAUAGCGAGGAUGCUUUACAAAGACACAUGUCAUGAACUGGAUGAACUGCAGCUUUGCAAGAACUGUUUUUAUUUGUCAAAUGCACGACCUGACAAUUGGUUCUGCUAUCCUUGUAUACCUAAUCAUGAGUUGGUUUGGGCCAAAAUGAAAGGCUUUGGGUUUUGGCCAGCCAAAGUCAUGCAGAAGGAGGACAAUCAAGUCGAUGUUCGCUUUUUUGGUCAUCACCACCAAAGGGCCUGGAUCCCCUCUGAAAACAUCCAGGAUAUCACAGUUAACAUCCAUCGGCUGCACGUGAAACGCAGCAUGGGUUGGAAGAAGGCCUGUGAUGAGCUGGAACUGCACCAGCGAUUUCUUCGUGAGGGGAGAUUCUGGAAAUCAAAGAAUGAGGAUAAAGGGGAAGAGGAGGCAGAGUCAAGUAUCUCCUCCACCAGCAAUGAGCAACUGAAGGUUACUCAGGAACCAAGAGCAAAGAAAGGACGACGUAACCAGAGUAUGGAACUCAAAAAAGAAGAGCCAGAACCUGAAACUGAAGCAGUAAGUUCAAGCCAGGAAAUUCCCACAAUGCCUCAGCCCAUUGAAAAAGUUUCAGUCUCAACUCAGACCAAGAAGUUAAGUGCCUCUUCUCCAAAAAUGCUGCACCGGAGCACCCAGACCAAUAAUGAUGGAGUGUGUCAGAACAUGUGCCAUGACAAAUACACCAAAAUCUUUAAUGAUUUCAAGGACAGGAUGAAAGCUGAUCACAAAAGAGAAACUGAGAGAGUUGUGCGAGAGGCAGUGGAAAAGCUGCGUACAGAGAUGGAAGAAGAGAAAAGGCAGGCUGUAAAUAAAGCCGUGGCCAAUGCACAAGGAGAGAUGGACAGAAAAUGUAAGCAAGUAAAGGAGAAGUGCAAAGAAGAAUUUUUAGAAGAAAUUAAGAAGUUAGCGGGCCAGCACAAGCAGCUGAUUUCCCAGACCAAGAAGAAGCAGUGGUGCUACAACUGUGAAGAAGAGGCCAUGUACCACUGCUGCUGGAACACUUCCUACUGCUCCAUCAAGUGUCAGCAGGAGCACUGGCAUGCUGAACACAAACGUACCUGCCGCAGAAAAAGAUGAAAGAGCUGUUCCUCCGCUAGAACAUCACCCCGAUGAUUGCUAUUCUCAGACACAGCGGUUUUUGUUUCCAAGAAGCCAAAAUUGUUUAGAAUUUGCUUCCCAUUUUGCACCAGCCUUUAAACACUUUUCGUAAAAGAAAUUUUUGCACAGUAAUUUCAAUCUUCUGUUCAGUGCUCCUCCAAAAUUUUGCCAGCGGAAUGAAUUGAACAUCUCUGGGAGCAGGUUACUUUAAAUAAUUUUAAACUAGAGGAUUUGUUGCAUUUUCAGCAAAUUUUAAAACAUUUUUAGGUUUUACAGAGAUUUUAAUCUUUAAAAACAGCAGAUCUAGAAUUAAACCAUGCGAGUUUAACAAAAGGAACACACAAAAACUAGAUCUGAGUGUAAGAACUUUAGAACUGUUUCAGAAAAACGAAGCAUACUACCUUGAUGUAACAUUUAUUUCUUAACCUUGUUGAGCUGGUUUUGUUCAGCUUAAUUUUACUGUUUAAAGGCAUUAUCUAUUGGUUAUACCAGUGGGUACAUGAUUGAAUUUAGGGAACAGGGUUGACACAGCAGGUGCUACUCCUGCGUAUUUUUUCUUAAAUAUUUCCCAACUGUGUUUUAUUUUCAUUAUUUCUUUUCAAUAUAUAACUUUUAUAACAAAAUAUUAGCUUUGAUCUUGUAGUUUAAAAUCACAGGGAACUGGGGUAAUCUUUUACUGAGCUGGAUCUUAGAGAAAAAUGAAUAUUUAAAUUUUGAAGUUUGCACAUUUCAUCUUUGUCCUGACAUGAGUGCUUGUAACAAGAAUAAGAAAAGCCAAAAAACAAAACCCAAACAACAACAACAAAAGAAGCAACUACCUUUAUUCAUAUGUGGAAUUACGAGGCUUACGAGUUUUGUUAAGGUGCCCCCUUCAGCCUCCCCAAUCCAAUGUCAUCUGACUGCCUACGAUCUGGUGUCACCUGGUCCAUUGUAACUCGAUAGUAAGAGGAGAAAAAGCACUUACGUUUCACAGAAGCCGUUAUGUUUGUAGUAAUGGGUCAUUGCCUAAUAAUGAGCUCCAUCACUGUACUCAGAAUGAAGAAUAAUGCAUGUUAAUUUUCUUGUAUUAAAGAUGCCGUGAUUUGUAAAAAGUCUGUAUUUUGCGGAAUGUCUGGAUUAAGAAGCAUUACCAAUAGGAAUGGAUCGAUAGUUGAAAAAUGAUUUUUUUUUGUUUGUUUUAUAUAUAGAUAUAUGAAUUGCAUCCAUGUUCAGAGACAAUUUUUUAAAUAGAUGUAAAGCUUACUUAAAUAGCUUUUCUUUUAAAGUGUCUCCGCAUUUUAGUUUCUUCUUUCAAAGGCUGGUCUUAGACCAAGUCCUGCGCCCAUUAAUCAUCCCGCUAUUUUUUGAGGAGUUAGAGGAAUAAUUUGUAAAUAUUUAUUUAGAUCUUUGAUAUUUAUUGAAAGCAAUUACAUGAUGGAACGAUGGAAGCUGAAGAAUCAGGAGGAAAGCCUUUAAAAAGUUUUCUCUAGGAUUUGUCAGGGUCAUUGUAAAGAUGAAAAUACAACUGAGACUUCUGUGAACUGCCAUUGGAAUCCUGAUCUUUUUACUUACAGCGGUGAUAGAAGUUAAUUGACUUGAUACUGCCAAAUAGCACCCAACACCUUGUGGAAAUUGAGCGGUAAGCUGACGGGAGAAAAUAGUACGUAGAUGGUAACUCGUAUUACCACAGCUACAUUAUUGCCUGAUUAAUGUGUAAUUAACUUUUGUCGCCUCUGUGUUGUGACUGUAAAACACUUCACAACUAAAAACCAAUCCUGUUCAAUUACUUUACGAGUUCCAAAACUUCGAUCCACCCCUAUGAAAGCAAGUUAUUGUGGAAAUAUUUUUGGUGUAAAAUCAUUCCAGAAUAUGUAAUAUUUAACUGAUAGCUGCAUGAAAGUAAGAUUCGUGUUACUUUGGCUUUUUUGUCUCUGUUGACACGGUUGCACAUUUCCAAGUUACUACAGCGUGAAAACUGUGUGUUUUAAAGAAAAAAACAAAACAAAAAAAAAAAGAUUGUGGCCUGGUUUUGUAUAAGUUUUAGGUAAAAUUACAAUUGAUUGUUUUAGGAAUCAUGAUUUAAAAUUAAUUUUUCUGCAAAUCAUAAAGCUAUAUUAAAGUGUUGAGCUUAGCCACUAUGCACAUUGUAAUUAUUCAUUGUGGCUGUCCAGUUUAUGAUGCAUUCUGGCAUUUUGUAAGCUGCUCUGACUAGCAAUAUAUAGAGUCAUUUAAUGUGUUAACAUUGGGUAAUAAAUGUAUUUAAAA